UUUUCACGUCCGUUUUUCCAGAUUCAUACUUCCCUCGUCUCUCUUCUCUAUUGCUGGCUGAAUUACACGAUUGAUUCGCACAAUCCUUUUAAUCCCACUCUCAAUUCACGCUCCCUAGCAUCUGCCCACACCGUGUUGCUUUUUUUGUUUGUUUUUGCUGCAUUUCUUGGGCGUCUCUCUGCCAGCCCUAGUUAGCUCCAGUGCUCGCCAAUUCUUCGACUUCAGCACAAGCUCUAUAUGGAAUACGAGCCGUACGAUAGCAGCGGGACAGAUGAUGAUCUUCCUCCAUCUCAUCAAAAUAGGAUUCCUAGAGGUGGCCGCAUUGCUAAUAAUGGUAGAUCUGCUGCCAUAGGCUCUGUCCCUUAUCCUAGGGUGCAUGGGGAAACUGAUAUGGAGGCUCAAAUUCACCAGCUUGAGCAAGAAGCAUACAGUUCAGUUCUAAGAGCCUUUAAAGCUCAAGCUGAUGCGAUUACUUGGGAGAAGGAAAGUUUGAUAACUGAACUUAGAAAAGAGUUGCGUUUGUCAAAUGAAGAACAUAGGGAACUUCUUAGCAGAGUAAAUUCUGAUGAUGUCAUCCGAAGAAUAAGGGAGUGGAGACAAUCCGGUGGGCAUCAACCAGGAAUACUUAGUACAGGCCCUCAACCAGGAAUGCAUGGUACUGGUCAAGCUAUUCAUGAUCCAGUUCCCAGUCCUUCUGUCUCUGCUUCUCGGAAGAAACAAAAGAUAGCCCCGUCAUUACCUUCUCAAUCCUUUGGUGGACCAUCACCUAGUUUUCAUCCAGCAGCGGUAACCACAGCUAACCAACCAUCUUCAUCAGUUGCAAAGAGAGGGCCUAUGGUGGGGCCUAAGAGUAAAAAACCGAAAUCUGGCCCAAUGUUGCCUGUUGCAACAAAGGUGCAAUAUCCUUCCUCUGGUCCUUCUGGAAGAGGUCAGUUUAGUAAUAGGAUUUCUGAACCUACUGAAGGAGCACCGUUUGAUCCAUUAAUUGGGAGGAAAGUAAGGACCAGAUGGCCUGAUGACAAUAAUUUCUAUGAGGCUGUCAUAACCAAUUAUAAUCCAGCUGAUGGACACCAUGCUCUUGUUUAUGACAUUGGCACUGCAAAUGAGACCUGGGAAUGGGUAAACCUUUCAGAGAUUUCUCCUGAUGAUAUACAAUGGGACGAUGGACCGGGAGGCCAUGUUGUUAAUAGAACUAUUGGUCGUGAUAGUGCUCCAUGUGUGGGCAGAGGAAGGGGAUUGACUAAAGCUCAGUCCAGAAAGGAAUUUCCACCAUCACAGAAUGGCAUAGGAAAGAAAGGAUCGGAUGAUAUUCAAUUACUGCACACUGAUACAUUAAUUAAGGAGGUUGAGAGGAUAUUUGGUGCCAGUCAUCCUGAUCCUGCGGAAAUUGAGAAGGCCAAAAAACUGCUAAAGGAGCAUGAGCAAUCACUCGUGGACGCCAUUUCAAGGCUUGGUGAGAUUUCUGAUGGUGAAAGUGAUGAACCUCGCCGCCAUUUCAUGCACGGGCAACCAAUGGAGGCGGAAUGACAUUACAAUGGUAAUAAAUAGGUAGAGUAGUUGUAGCUGAAGAAGAAGCUGUUUCAAAUUAUAGUGUCCUUCCUGUGAUGGUUUUCCAGUGUGUUAAACCCCUCCAAAAGCCUCCAAAAAACUAAUCUUUGCUGACUAUGAUCCCUGUAAUGUGUUUAGCUAGCCUUCAAACGUAGGUUAAAUUAUAGCUGUGAUGAUUUUCCUUUAUUUUUGUAAAAUUAUUGCCAUAGAUAUUAAUACGUUACUAAUCAUGUAAAGAAUUUUUUUUUAAAAAUAUGUAUUGAUUAAUUGACUA